CUCGGAAUGGCGAGUGCGCUGGACACCCUGUGCGGCCAAGCAUACGGAGCCAGGCAGUACCACCUCCUCGGCGUCUACAAGCAGCGGGCAAUGGUGAUACUCACCCUCGUCAGCAUCCCGCUCGCCGUGGUGUGGUUCUACACCGGCGAGAUCCUGCUCCUGUUCGGCCAAGACCCCGACAUCGCGGCGGAGGCCGGCACCUACGCCCGGUGGAUGAUCCCGGCGAUCUUCGCCUACGGGCUGCUGCAGUGCCACGUCCGGUUCCUGCAGACGCAGAACAUCGUGUUCCCCGUGAUGGCGAGCGCCGGCGCCGCCGCGGCGUUCCACCUCCUCGUCUGCUGGCUGCUCGUGUACGUCGCCGGGAUGGGCAGCAAGGGCGCCGCGCUCAGCAACGCCAUCUCCUACUGGGUCUACGUGAUCGUGCUGGCGGUGUACGUGAGGGUGUCGAGCUCCUGCAAGGAGACGUGGACGGGGUUCUCCGCGGAGGCCUUCCGCGACGUGCUCAGCUUCUUCCGGCUCGCCGUCCCGUCCGCCCUCAUGGUCUGCUUGGAGAUGUGGUCGUUCGAGCUCAUAGUGCUCCUCUCAGGCCUUCUUCCCAAUCCAAAGCUGGAGACUUCGGUGCUGUCCAUCAGCCUCAACACCGCUGCCUUUGUAUGGAUGAUCCCCUUUGGCCUCGGCUCGGCCAUAAGCACCCGUGUCUCGAACGAGCUCGGCGCGGGGCGCCCCGACGCUGCCUGCCUCGCGGUGCGUGUCGUCGUCUUCUUGGCCGUGGCGGAAGGACUGAUCAUGGGGUUGGUGCUGAUCUGCAUCAGAUACGUGUGGGGGCAUGCCUACAGCGACGUGGAGGAGGUUGUGACUUACGUUGCCUGGAUGAUGCUCAUCAUCUCGGUCUCCAACUUCUUCGACGGAAUUCAGUGCGUCCUUUCAGGGGUGGCUAGAGGCUGUGGAUGGCAGAAGAUUGGUGCUUGGAUCAAUCUUGGCGCCUACUAUAUCGUCGGCAUCCCCUCGGCCUACCUCAUAGCCUUCGUCUUCCAAGUCGGCGGGACGGGACUUUGGCUGGGCAUCAUCUGUGGCCUGAUGGUGCAAGUCCUGCUGCUCAUGGCCAUCACGAUAUGCACAGACUGGGAUAGAGAGGCGGAUAAGGCAAAGGACAGGGUAUUCAGUUCUUCUCUCCCAACAGAUUUCGCAACUGAAGACAAUGCAAUCUAGAGUUCUAGACUACUAAGCGAACAAGCUAGGAAACGAAGAUGACGCAAUUCCAUCCAGGCUACUGGACUACACAAACUAGGCUUCAUGUGCUAUUCCAUGCAGCCUUCAUAUCGAGGAUCACUAUAUCAGAAGUAGUGUUCUUCACCUGAAGUGUGUGAACGUUUGUUCAUGUCUACAGCUUGGUAUAGGACAAGAAAAACGUCUCUAUAUCAGAAACAUGGGGGAGCGGUCUCAUGA